AUGACCAAGAUGAUAAAGGGUCUGGGAAUCAAGUUGGCUGGGGAAGAAAAGACUGAGAGAUGCUGCCUCUGGAGAAACCACUCCAGCCCCAGCAACCUCUGGCGCAGCCACAUCGCCUCCAGAAAUCUCUGGCUCAGCCACAUCGCCUCCAGAAUCCUCUGGCGCAGCCACAUCGCCUCCAGAAUCCUCUGGCGCAGCCACAUCGCCUCCAGAAUCCUCUGGCGCAGCCACAUCCCCUCCAGAAACCUCUGGCAUGGGCACCUCAUCUUCAGCAACCUCUGGCACAGCCACAUCGCCUACAGAAACCUCUGGUGCAGCCACAUCGCCUCCAGAAUCCUCUGGCGCAGCCACAUCCCCUCCAGAAACCUCUGGCGCAGCCACAUUGCCUACAGAAACCUCUGGCGCAGCCACAUCACCAACAGAAACCUCUGGCUCAGCCACAUCGCCUCCAGAAACCUCUGGCUCAGCCACAUCGCCUCCAGAAACCUCUGGCAUGGGCACCUCAUCUUCAGCAACCUCUGGCACAGCCACAUCGCCUACAGAAACCUCUUGCACGGGCACCUCAUCUUCAGCAACCUGUGGCACAGACACAUCGCCUCCAGAAACCUCUGGCACGGGCACCUCAUCUUCAGCAACCUCUGGCACAGCCACAUCGCCUCCAGAAACCUCUGGCACGGGCACCUCAUCUUCAGCAACCUCUGGCGCAGCCACAUCGCCUCCAGAAACCUCUGGCACGGGCACCUCAUCUUCAGCAACCUCUGGCGCAGCCACAUCCCCUCCAGAAACCUCUGGCACGGGCACCUCAUCUUCAGCAACCUCUGGCGCAGCCACAUCGCCUCCAGAAACCUCUGGCACGGGCACCUCAUCUUCAGCAACCUCUGCCGCAGCCACAUCGCCUCCAGAAACCUCUGGCACGGGCACCUCAUCUUCAGCAACCUCUGGCACAGCCACAUCGCCUCCAGAAACCUCUGGCACGGGCACCUCAUCUUCAGCAACCUCUGGCGCAGCCACAUCGCCUCCAGAAACCUCUGGCACGGGCACCUCAUCUUCAGCAACCUCUGGCGCAGCCACAUCGCCUCCAGAAACCUCUGGCACGGGCACCUCAUCUUCAGCAACCUCUGGCGCAGCCACAUCGCCUCCAGAAACCUCUGGCACGGGCACCUCAUCUUCAGCAACCUCUGGCGCAGCCACAUCGCCUCCAGAAACCUCUGGCAUGGGCACCUCAUCUUCAGCAACCUCUGGCGCAGCCACAUCGCCUCCAGAAACCUCUGGCACGGGCACCUCAUCUUCAGCAACCUCUGGCACAGCCACAUCGCCUCCAGAAACCUCUGGCACGGGCACUUCAGCAACCUCUGGCGCAGCCACAUCGCCUCCAGAAACCUCUGGCACGGGCAUCUCAUCUUCAGCAACCUCUGGCACAGCCACAUCGCCUCCAGAAACCUCUGGCACUGCCACUGCCAAAUCUUCAGCAACCUCUGGCACUGCCACUCCAGACCCAGCAGCCCCUGGAACGGGCACCUCAGCUUCAGGAGGCACUGCAAGCUCCACUCCCGGCACAACAGUCCCCACCCCCAGUGCCAAUGUUACAAUGGUUUCUGGCACCACAGAUUCGCCAUCAAAUGCUACCACAGAAAACCCCAAACGGGAUGAAGGCCUCCCCACUUGGGCCAUCAUUCUGAUCAGUGUAUCCACUGUGUUGGGAACCGUUCUCGUAGUUUUCCUCGGCUUCUUGAUUUGCUACUCCCUAAGGACAGAGAGCUAUAGCACUCAAACCCUCCCAGUUUACCGAACCCACAGUUUCAUCCAGAGUUUUCGGAAUCGGUGGUGAAGGAAAGGAGCUUCACCCACAGCCACUUACAGCGAUAAGCUUCUCCGGAGCAGCUUUGCAGAAUUUGGUCCGCUCCCAAAGCUUUCUUCCCAAGCAUCUAAGGACUCCUCCAAGGGGCAGAAGUGCAAUCACUGAAACAUUUAGUUCCAAAAUGACUCUAGAAAGGAACCCAGUGAAAUCUAUAGGGAUUAUUUGCCUGUUUUGUUUCUACCUUGUGCAGCCAACUGAGCUCACUUGAUCUCAGAGCUGAGAAUAUUGUUCAGCAAAAAUAAAGAAUAUGGGCAGGAAUGUGGAAGCACUGAGCUGAUGACCUGAGAAUUAGCAGAGCUCAAAUGGAGAACUUGGGAAACCUGGUUUAAAAUCCUUGCUCGGGCACAGGAAGUAUACUGGCUAAUCCUAGCCAGUUAACUCCCAUACUCUACUUUUUUCUGGGGGUACUCAAGGGCAUGCAGUACCAGCCCCUCUUUUUUCUAGAAGAAAAGCACUGGUUAAAAAUGUGGCACUUAUUUUCUAGAAGAUGCAGACCUUGAAACCUGGAAUACCACCAGCCAAAUAUAUAUUUAUAUAAUUUAUUUAUUUUUUUCCCUCCAAGUUCCUUUGCAUUUUUUAACCAUCUGGUGAAGAGUGAUGGAGCACUUGAAAGCUUGCAUACUCCAUACUAUUUUGUGAUAUUGUUAUUGUUCUAAUAAAAAGUAUUGCCCCAAGAUGAAUUUUUGGAAGUUUCUAAUGGGCCAACCUAGCUACCUCUACUUUAUUUUUCUGUGUGUGUAUGACAAGUUUGAGCUCUGUUCUGUUAAGCCCCUGCCUCUCAUCUUAACAACACCACUGGCUACGAAUCCCAAAUGGAGGUGUUCCGGAAUGUACAAUCUAGCCAGGAUGUAUUUAUUCAAAUUUAUAUAUAUGGUAUUUGUCUGUGGAAGAUUUUAAUUAAUAAAUGUAACAAUACUGCACUGUCUAA